GCAUCACAGAGACUCGGUCAGUGGAUGUUGAGAUCUCCUCGCUGGCGGACGGAGGGACGUGCUGAGCUGCCGGUGAUGCAUGUGCCCUUGUCUGCUGCUCAAGUCUGUAAAUCCGCUCGUCUGGGAGUCACCACGGCUACGGCACCGAGGGAGAGAGCACACACUCGUCUCAGCUGCUGCCAAGGCUUUGUUGUGCCAAGAUGAGGAACAUUGUGGAAGUCAUCCUGCUGUUGUUGCUGGUGUUCUUCGCGGCUCAUGCAAAGGGAAAACUCUACAGCCCGCCAGGGAAGCCCGCACUGACCAGAUGUCGUUCUCCUGAAAAAGAGACUUUCACCUGCUGGUGGGAGCCCGGCUCUGAUGGGGGGCUGUCCACUACCCACGCUCUGUACUACCGCAAAGAGAGCUCAGAGAUGGUAUACGAGUGUCCCGACUACCACACGGCUGGAGACAACUCCUGCUUCUUUAACAAGAACGACACGUCCAUCUGGGUCAACUACAACAUCACCGUGGUGGCCACCAACGCGCUGGGCAGCGCCUUCUCUGACCCCGUGGACAUUGAUGUGGUGUAUAUUGUCAAGCCUAAUCCUCCAGAGAAGGUAAUGGUGACCGUGAUGGAGGACAAGGGCUGGCCUUUCCUCCGGGUGUCAUGGGAACCGCCACAUAAUUCUGACACCCGCUCCGGUUGGAUCACUCUCAUCUACGAGCUCCGCGUCAAGUUGGAGGAGGAAACUGACUGGGAGAUGCACCUUGCAGGCCAGCAGAAGAUGUUCAACGUUUUCAGCCUGCGGUCAGGUGGUAAAUACCUGGUCGAGGUGCGCUGUAAACCUGAUCACGGCUUUUGGAGUGAAUGGAGCUCCACUUCCUACAUCAAAGUUCCCGACUAUUUCCAUCGAGAGAAGUCGGUGUGGAUCCUCAUCACGGUCUUUUCUGCCUUCAUCUUCCUCAUCCUCACAUGGUUGCUACACAUGAACAGCCACAGUCUGAAGCACUGUAUUCUGCCACCAGUCCCUGGUCCUAAAAUUAAAGGAUUUGAUAAGCAGCUUCUCAAGAAUGGCAACUCUGACGAGGUCUUCAGUGCCCUGGUGGUGCCUGGUUUCCCUCCGACCACGUCAUCUAACUAUGAGGACUUGCUGGUGGAGUACUUGGAGGUGUAUGUCCCAGAGGAGCAGGAGCUGAUGCUGGAGGAAAGCAAGGAUCUACAUGAUGGCUGCCUCAAAUCGGAGAGCUCAACGUCCGACAGCGACUCUGGCCGGGGCAGCUGCGACAGCCACACUCUGCUGAUGGAUAAGUGCGGGGAGGCAAAAGAAGAAGAGAGGCAAACGGACCGGGAGUUGCUGACGGAGGGACAGAGGCGCCAGAAGGGCUGGGAGGAGGACGCGUUGACCUAUGCUCACGGAGACAUGGUUAGCCCUGACAUGUCGAGUGGGAGGGUGAAGACCUGGCCCUCUGUGUUUUCUCCUCUGCCCCAGUACAGCUCGAGCCCUCUGGACCAACGGAGCUCACUCGAGAUGGCCAAACAGCAUUCCCUUUCCACGUCCUCCUACCUCACUCAGCCUAACCACGGCACCAAGGAGGCUCUCGGACCGAGCUACUGGGACUUCUGCUUGAGCAACAAGCAACCUCACCUGCUCCAUCCCGAGACGCAGGUGCGCCGGCAACUCCAGGCCCACAGCGAGGCCAACAUCUCCUGCAUCGGGCGCAAACAGGCACCCGCUGGUCUGCGGUUGCCCGCUCUCCGGGCCACUGAGUACGUUGAAGUCCAGAGGGUCAAUGAGGAAGAUAUGGUGCUUCUCCAGCCCGUCGUGUCGGGCUGUGGCCGCAUCAGAGGUCCCCUUCAGGGGGAGGACUACAGCAAGGUGAAGGGGGUGGACAGUGACAACAGGCUGCUGCUCCAGAGAGACGUGAUGGGAGAAGAUAGGUGCCUCUGUGUGGACCGGGAGACGAAUUGCAGCUGUUACACAUCGUCCACAGUUAGCGCUACGCAGAAGCCUGCACCAUGUAUUCACACUGCCAUGCCGGUACAGGACAAAACGGCCAUGGCGGUGAAUGGUUAUGUUGACACUGCCACCAUGUGCACAAUGCCCACCUGCUAGGUGCCCCAUGAGCCCAACUGGCAGGUUUUGGGACAUUAUAAGACCUGUUUUAGGCAAAAAAAACACCAAAACACUGGAUGACAAUAUUUUGCUGUUACCUUUAGUUAUUUAUUCUUCUCAUAUGAGAGAUGUCUUUUCUGUCAUUACACUGCAGUGUGACACAUUUGGAGAAUCCAAAAGACUAUAGAAUAAUAUUCAUUCAACUUUAUAAAGACUAAGAUUGAUUGUAUAAAUAAUGUGUUACCUUAUGAUUAAUCAUAUGUCAUGAAUCUUUUUCUCCUCAAAAAGGCACGUUUCAUUCACUUUUUUUAAUGUCUUUCAUAUAAUAUAUUGAUUUAUGCUGUCGCAAUGUAAAUAGCCCAUCUGUUAAUAUUAUUAUUUGUGUAAAAUUGCAGAAAGCUCAAACAUAAAAUGUUUUUGUUUUGUUUCAA